AUGGCGCUGCUCUCCCGGCUCUUGGCUGCGCCAUCCCGCCUCGGCCUACGUCAUGCGGUGACCGUGCCUGUCAGGCGUGGCUUCCGCAAGUAUGAGCACAACCUGGAAUGGCACAAAAGCCUGGCGCAGCUCUACGAGCGAACCACCGUGUCCGAUGACAGUGUGCUUGUAGCAUCGCCGUACGAGUACGAGGCAGACGCGCGGGAGACCCCCUUUCUUCGGGAAGGACGAGGAUUCGUGGGCCAAGCAAUGAAGUAUUCCAUGUUCCACAGCCACGAGGAGCUUUGGGAGGAGAUUGAGAAUCAUCGCCAUCGAGGUCAGGUCCAGCUCUUCAACGAGGUGCUGGAGGAGAGCAGACCUCGUUGCUUGUACUUUGACCUCGACGGUGAUGCGGCAUACAACGGUUCUCAUGCGAGCCUUAUCAAAUUGCUGCAUCUCUUCGUGCGGCUCUACUUCCGCGGAGACGAGCUUGGAUGGAACAUCGAGGAGCCGGAGCCAGUGGUGCUGACAUCAUGCCGCCCCGAUAAGUACUCCUGCCACGUGCUGUUUCCGCAGAUCCAAUUCGCCAACUAUGCGCAUCAGAAUCAGUACCUCCCCGGCCUGCUGCGAUUAGCACAGGAGGCGACGGUCGACUUGGAGGGCCAGGGCACACGGCACAUCUUGAAAGACGUCCUGGACGCAGCGGUUUACAAGAAGCUGCAGCUCUUGCGCGGGCCGUGGGCUUGCAAGCUCAAAGGCGGGAACAUCGACACGGCAACGAGACUGGAGCCGGAGGAGCCAUACGGGGGUGAUGACCUCACGUGCUUUGCGAGUUAUGUGCAACCCGAUUAUGCUCUUGAGCUGCCCAGCAUGGAUGAAAUUGUGGAGCGGAACCCACUUGUCGGACGGAUUCUGGAGGACUCAGCCGCUUCUUCCUUUCUCAGAAGAGAGGACACCAGUAUUUUCAGCCCGGACUUUCAGACGCAGUCAGGGCCGAAGUUCUUGGAUUUGGCGGGCCUCACCCAACUCGAAAGGUAUGAGACCUGUAUGGAGCUGCUCCAGCCUGAGCGGGCAUGCGAUUGGUGGAGCUGGUUUCGCGUCUCCGGCGUAACAAGUACCAUGCUGGACAAGUACCACGACAACGACGUGGCACGCCAGCGGAUCUGGGACGCCCACUGCAGGUGGUCCAGCCAGUAUCCCCACUUCUGCGAGCAGGAGAACUUCGAAGUUGUCAUGAAGGCUCAGGAGCGAAGGACGCCUGGCGUCAAGCUCUUGGUGGAGGUGUUUGCUUUGGAAGGAGCCCUGGAAGGAGCAUCGGAAGGCAGCAGCGACAGCCUUUGCGCUGGCGUCGUGCAGUCUCUUCUUGAAGCUGCCGACUGGCCGGCAAGCCACUGCCUGACUCCUCACCGCGUGCGCAGCGGCGCGCCAGUGAUCCAUUGGAGGCUGGUACCCCGCGAUGGGGCCAUCGGAGCUCUUGAUCAGGGCGAGGAAAGGCACGCAGACUCGAAUCUUCGUUCGCUGGCGUGCGGCUCAACAGAUCUAUGGCGCGUUCCAGACCACUGCCCAAGCGAUGAUGCCCUUCGCCACCAUGCGCAGCUCUCAGACGACAUCGGGCACUUGAAAAAUCCCGAAGAUGCCACCGGGGUCAAUCCAAGAUUACGAGGAGGAGCGUCCUCAUCAAGAAUAAGCCAUAUCCCCGAUCUUGAGCCGCUGGCGCCAGUACACGAGGAGGCCGAGGCAGUGGGCGAGCUCUCCGGAAGCGAAGGGAAGGAGUCGAAACUCGCAGAGCUGGCGGAGGUCGAUCUCGAAGAAGUCCCUGAGGAUGCCGGGCAAAGUACAGCUGCAGCGCGCAGCCUGGGCGAGGACGACUCGCAGGUUCGCUUCGAGGCGGAAGAUCCCGUGGAAGACCAGCAUCUCAAGGAGCAUCCGAGCGUCCAGCCUGCAGCUCCGAAAUGUGGAGUCCGGUUCUGA